UAAACGUCAUAACGUUCGAUCAGUGUUUUCCCUGUUUUCUCGAGUUUCUGUUUCUGGUCGUUAAAAUCCUUCAAAAAAUCCGUAUUUUCGGUGCAUUUUGCGUGAAAAUUGUGCAUUUAACUUAACUUCUAAAAUAGUGCAUCUCAAUCAUGGCUGUGUUCAAUUUGGAACAUUUUCCCGAUGUGUGUCGUUUGUGUUUGAAACCGGAAUCGAGAAAGUUGCACUCAAUAGACGAUGAGUUUGGAAACAUCCACCUACAAAUUAAAACGUUCCUGGAGGAUGUAACGUUUCAAUUGCCAGAGGAAAAACAACAACAGAUUCCGAAAUUCGUGUGUGGCGUUUGUUUGGCACAGCUGACCGAUUUUGCCCUUUAUCGAAACCGUUUGGUGAUUACGCUCCGGUUCAUGGAUGCCUUAGUUGACCUAAAGCACUCGAAUCCCAAAUCCAUCACAUCUCUUUUCAGAGAUAGCAAGGACGAGCUGAACAAGCUUUUCAGGGAAUUAUCUCUGUGUAACAAAUCGGACCCACAGGUUGAGGAUAUUAUCCAGGAGUUCAAGUUGUAUGAUCCCGUUAUUUAUGAGUUCCCUAUCAAAGAGGAAAAAGUGGACCUCUUGGUUUCGGAAGAGGAAAAUACGACGCACGAGGUUUCUUAUGACGAUAUGUGUGAUACCGUAAUGAAAUCAGAAUCGAGCGAUUCGUCCAGUGAAGAUGAUAGGCCGCUUGUGAAGAGAAAAGCGUCUUUAUCAAAAUCUGAUAAAACUUCUGCUCGUAGCUCUAGCCCCAAACGCCCUGGGCGGCCCAGGAAAUACCUGGAAGGCAGGAUUCUAAAGGAACCUUGGUCCUGCGAUAAAUGCAAGUUCAAGACGAAAUACAGAAUAGCCGUCACUCGGCAUCAGGCCGUUCACGAAAAACGGGAAAAUCGCACAUUCUCUUGUUCCGUAUGCUCCUUGGUUUUCAAGUCCAAGGAUGAAUUGCGAACACACGGCAUGAACCACCCAGAAAAUCAAAUCGUAUGUGAAGUAUGUGGCAUCUCGCUGAAAAAUCCCAACUCACUGAAGGCACACAUGGAGCGGCAUGAAGAGAAGCGGAAGUACACCUGUGACUACUGUGAUUAUGCUUCUCACACACAACUGUCCUUGAAGGCACACAUGAGCGUUCACACUAAUGAUAAUGGCAAAAAAAGAUGCGAAGUGUGUGGAGCAGUGUUUAAAACUGGAAGUCUUCUGAAGCGGCACAUGGAGGGUCACAGCAACGAACGAAAGUACCCCUGUGAAUCGUGCCCGGCACGAUUCAACACCAAUAAUGCUCUCCGUAACCACCGCAAUCGUGUCCAUCUGGCCAUUCGCCAUCCCUGUGAAUAUUGCGAUAAGACGUUCGAUCAGAAGAUUAUAUUACGGGAUCAUAUCGAACGAGUGCAUCACAUUCAAUGUCAAUUUAUAUGCGAUGUUUGUGUGGUUACUUUCGACAGCCAGGAGAAGCUGGAUCAACAUCGACAGCGUCACGUGAACCCCAAACCAUUGGAAUGCAGUGUUUGCCUUACAAUACACACAACGACGGAGUCCUUCGAUGGCCAUCUUUGUAUCACAUACCGGGACGACUACAUGUGUUGUAACAAAGAUCUGCGUAACCACGCACAGUACAAUCGACACAUGUGGGUUAAACAUGGUCUCAAAACCAACGCCCGAGUGAAACCUAUUCCGGGAAUGUUGCUAGGAAAUUUAAGAGGCACUCGAAAGCGGUUGGAGCAGUGUCGCAAGUGUGACAUUGCCUUCCCGUCCAGAGCGUUGAAGUUGCAACAUAUGAUCGAGUGCAAUCGAUCGUCUGACUCGCAUACGGAAUCUUCUAAAGCAGAAAGUAGUGUACUUACGGAAAGUGGAUAUUAGAAUUGCGAUAGAUUUAACAAACGAUACUUAAUAAAUAUGUAUGAAAUUUA